UUGUAAAACAUUAUGUUCCAAAUGAUUUUUACUGUGGUUUAGUGUUUAAAGUGACCGUAAUUUUAUGAAAUAAAUAAAAAUGGCAAACUCAAAAUCAUCAAGAAAAGAUGAUUAUUCAACUAUGAAACUUAAAAAUUUUGUAACAAGAUCUGGAAGAAAAAGUACUCAAUUUAAUGUAAGUGUUACGGAAAAAACCAGUGAAAAUAAAAGAACACCUGUGUCGAAAAAUUUAGUGUCAACUGGAAAAAAGUUUACAUCUUCAAAAACUCCUCAAUUAGAGAAAAAUUCUGAAAAACGUGAGAUAACAAGAUCUGGAAGAAAAAGUACUCAAUUUGAUGUAAGUUUUACGGAUAAAACCAGUGAAAAUAAAAGAACACCUGUGUCGAAAAAUUUAGUGUCAACUGGAAAAAAGUUUACAUCGUCAAAAACUCCCCAGUUAGAGAAAAAUUCUGAAAAACGUGAGAGUCAAAAUGGCAACAAUUUAUCACACAAUUCUCCAAUAUCAGAUUUGGAAAUAAGUGAUACUAUUAAUUAUUCUGACAAUGAAGAAAAAACUCUUAAAAAGCCAGCGCUUCGUUGUAGAAAACGUAUCGAUUAUGCUGAAAUGUUUAGAGGUAGUAGCAUAAUAAAUGAAAAAGUUCCUGUAGUUUUACUCAACAAAAUACCAGAUCAAGAAAAGAUAGUGAGCUCAACCAAAACAGAAUGCUUUGUUAAAGUUCACAGAUUACCACCCGAAGAAGUGCUUAAUUUAACUAAAAAAAGACAUAAAGUAUAUUCAACAAUUCACAACUUUGAAGAAAAUAUUCGGCCAUCACAAGUAUAUGAAUUUAAUUUUGACCCAAAAUGUGAAUCAGAACUAACAAAAAAAUUAAAAAAAGAAGCUAAAGUUUUAAAGAAAAAAAUCAAGGCCAAAGUUCAUUUAAAAAAAAAUGCGGUUAAAACUGGUGAAAAUGCUAAAAAAACCCAGACAAUCUCAAAAAAUGCUUUAAAUGUAUUACAUGAAAUAUCUGAAAAUGAUUGCAGUACUAAUAAUUCUACAAAAAAUCAAUCAACCGAAAAACUAAUGGAUAAAGAAAGAAUUAUACAUUCCUUUAGAAAAUCAUUUCAAGUACCUCAAAGUACCCCGAAGGAUAAAGAAGCUAAAAACAUAAAUAAAUCUUCUGAAAUUUGUAAAGAAAACCAUUUAAUUACAAAUCAAGUGAAUUCAUUAUCAAAAAAUUUGCCAACCCAAAUAUCACGAGAUAAUUCCACCGUACAUGAAUCGUUUGACAAAGUUAGAAUUUCUAACUCAUUUGGAAAUUCGUUUAAAGCACCUCAAAGUACACCUAUCCAAAAAGGAGUGAAAAAUAAUACAUUGAAUAAAUCACAAAUACCUACAGAAAAUGUAAAUAUUCCAAAAAAUGCACCAAUCCAAAACACAAGGGAUAAUUCCACUACCCACGAAUAUUUUGAUAAAUCAAUAAUUUCAUUCGGAAAUUCGCUUACACCGAUGCAAAAAUCAAUACACCAGAAUGAACAAAAUCAUUCUAAUUUUGACGUAACUCAAAUCGAGCAUGAUUUUGACGAUUUCGAAGAUAUUUCGACGCAAUCUAAUCGAACAGAAAUAGCAAAUGAAUCGAUACCAUGGCGUGCUGAAAUUCCAAGAAUUCGAAAAGAAAGAUUUUUCCAAAUAAAAAAUUCAAGUUUGCCUAGUUAUAAUCAAGACAUUCUUAUCAAACCUCAAGAUGUUGAGAAUUUAUCCAUUACAAAAGGAUCGAAUUGUGUAAACAGUGAGAAAAAAACUCGUCAAUCGAGUAUACUAUCUUUUGUACAGCAUUCAAAUUCGAUAAAAAGUACAAGUAAUAACGGAAAAGAUUCACCAGCACCUUUUACUAAUAGUUUUGAAUCAUCUUUGAGUGAUAUAUCUAUCGAAGAUAAUCCAAGGAUUGUGGCUAUUGAUAAGACAAAAAAUAAACGAAUAAAUUUUCAGAAAGCGAUUACAUCCUCACCUUCUGUGAAAAAAAAUAUAUUGGGCGAAAAUAAUUCCUCAUCCAAAGUUCAAAACAUAUCUACAAAUAAAAAUAAUGUUAAGUCACCGACGAAAAAAAUAUUAGGGGAAAAUAAUUCUUCGUCUAAAGUUCAUAACAUCACGAAUAAAAAAGUUUAUGACGAAAAUAAUAAAGAAAAUUUCUACUUUGGAAAUAAUGUAAAUAUUACAAAUAAUUGUGUAGUUGAAUUAGAGAAAAGUAAUUCAUCAUGCGAUUUCUUUGGAUUUAAUUCAUUUGAACAAGAAGAGGCUAGACAAAGUAAGAAACCUUUUCGAUAUCCAAGUCUUUUGCCAGCUAUCUCAUCAAGAACCAAAAAAAUAUUACAACCGUUUACUGUACAUGAAGAAAAUAUUGAUAUUCCAAAUGAGGAUAUGGUUGAGGAACCUAUUGAUAUCUCAAAUGAAAAUGAAGUUAUUGACGCGGACUUUCAAUUAUUUGACGAGCCUAGAUUUUCAAAUUACGUACGGCGAAGUUACGCUCCGGCGACUAAACGAAAACGAAAGCAGAUUCAAUCUAUAUCUUUUAGUGAUCAUGAAGAUGAAAAUGAAUUACAGCAAGAAGUAAAAAAAAGAAAAAGGAAUAAAAAAACUAAAAAAGAGGAGGAAGAAUUUAAAAAAUGGGCAAAACAGUUUAAUUCAAUGUGUCAAGAAGUUGAUAAGGAAGAAUUGGUAAUUGAAUAAAAAGGAAAAUAUAAAUAAUUUUCAAAUGUCAAAAUAACUGGCAACUGCGAUAUUUAUGUAUAGUUUUUAAAAUGCUUUUGUGAAUG